CACGCCCCAGUAUCAUCAGCAGCCCAGCACUCAGCACUCUCUCGUCGCUCUCAACCUGACUGACUGCUUAGUCCCCUGGAUCGUUCUCAUCCACAUCGCCUUCCACAACGCUUAUCUCUUGAGCCUCACCGCUCCUCUCACUCAUAAACGACUUUCCACAACGAGACUGGGUCUGCCCGUUGCGCCGCCAUCAUGUCCUCCAGCGACACCGAGUCCAAGACGGCCGACAAGGCCACUGUACGUGUCCUGUGAUGCCCGAGCAUCGUCUCCUCCCAAAUACAACGACCCUGACCGAGACUCCCCAGUCAUCUGAGAGCACCAACGCAGACGUUUCCGCUGCCGUCGAGGAUCUGCUUAACACGCUGUCAAAUAAGUUUGCCAGCGUCUCCUCCGAAAUCUUUGCCAAGAUGGAUGAAAUGUCGCGCAGACUAGACAACCUCGAGUCCGCCUUACUAGAAAGCAAGAACCAGGAAGGGAGUACGUCAAAGCCGCAGUAGGUUGCGCAGCACGUGGAGAAUCUCACAGGGGGACGAUGCGAGGGAGGUGGACUAUUCGGUACAGACAGCAUAACCACGUAGUUGCAAGGCUUAAUUCCUCAUUCAUCAUUGCAC